AUGACUAUUAAACAAAAGGUAUUAUUUUUAGAAAAACCAAGAAUAGAAGAACAAAAUAGAUUCGAAACUUUAUUUGAUUGUAUAUAUUAUCAAGUAACAAGUAUAGAACAAUGUAUAAAAGAUUUUCAAACAAGAUUAAUAGACGUAGAAGCUAUAUACUGUGGCUGGAUGGGGUUUGCACAAUUAGGUGGAUUUAAGGGUAAAUUAUUGAAUUUUGCACCAAAGAAUUUAAAAAUAAUGACAACUUGUUCAGUUGGAUAUGAUCAUUUCGAUGUUGAAGGAUUAACUUCAAAAGGUAUUGUUUUAACUAAUGUACCUUCUACUUUAGCCUUUGAGGCAGUUGCUGACUUAGUAUUGUAUAACACUAUAGCAAGUUUCAGAAAUUUUAAAAUAUAUGAAAAAAAUUUCAAAAAUGAAUAUUCAACUACUAAUGUGUUAAGAACUUCAUUAAUUGAUGGGGAUUUUGAUCAAGAGGAAGGUAAAGCUGUUUUGGAGCCAGUAUACAGACAUUCAUAUGGCGAGUCUUGUUGUGGGAGAUCCAACUUGUCCCCAAAGAAUCAUAAUGUUGUUAUAAUCGGAUUUGGGAAUAUUGGUAAAUUGAUAGGGAAAAGAUUAAAUUGUAUUGGAAUGAACGUUCAUUAUGUUAAAAGAACUAAACUAUCUGAUGCUGAAGAGAAAGAACUAGGCUAUAGAGUAACUUAUCAUUCAUCAAUUGAAGAAAUCAAAGCAUUUGCAGAUUUAAUAGUAGUGGCAUGUCCAGGAUUACCAAGUACAAGACACAUAAUAAAUGAAAACUUAAUAAAUCUUAUGGAAAAACAGUUUAGAAUUAUAAACAUUGGUAGAGGCUUCUGUGUUGAUGAAACAGCCUUAGUGAAGGGUCUAAAAUCUGGUAAAAUUUUAUUUGCAGGUUUGGAUGUAUUUGAAAAUGAACCAUCCGUGAAUCCGGAAUUAAUAAAUAGACAAGAUGUUGUAUUAAGUCCUCAUAUUGGAUCUGCAACUACUGAAAAUUAUGCAUAUACUGCUUUAACAUCAAUUGAAAAUAUUGAAACUGUCUUGUUAAAAUUUGAUAGACCAAUUACUCAGGUAAAUUAA